CUCACAGCCGUCCACGCCCACUUAAGUUGCAUUUUUCAAAAAGGGUGAGAGGUAGACUUGAGCGGGGGGUUGUUCCCCAUUACCCUUUAAGUUUAGCUUUGAUAUGUUCGCUUCAAAGACGUUUGUACUUCUUUGUCCUCCCCAGGGACAGAGGCUAUUAUAACAGCACCAUCUCCUCCUCUCUGGGGUUUCUUUCUCGGACGGAAUUCGGUAAAAGCACAACCCAGACUUGUCUCCUCGUCCGUUAGUGCAUCCGAUUGAACAACGACUAUCCGGCAUUUUGGCUAAACAAACCUAGUGAAAAAUAACUGGCGGGCAGCGGAAGAGAGCCAUGUUAUGCCCUCCCGUUGGGCGUUCCUAUAAGGAUGUGACGUCAAGUGAAAACUGUGUUUCAGCCAAUCACGGUGAAGAAUCUCGCACUUGAACACCAAUGAGCGUGUGAAUCACAAACUGAACAAACGUUCGCAGGGCGGAGUUCCAGUUGCUGGAGAACUCCUGGCCGGUGUGUGGGAGACACUACAGCGUUUAGUGAUAAAAAAUAAAUAUGAUUUAGAAAAAGAAAGCCCGAUGAAUGACAACUUCAGAAUAUCGGUGCUGUAAAUAAAACAACGUCAUGGCUUUGACAGAAACGGAUCACAAUGGGAAAAGGAUCGGACUGAUUAACGCUUUAAAAUCUGGUAUCAGAAAAGAGUUUCCAGCGACGGACGGGGAGUUCAGCACAGAAGGUCUCCCGAAAGCUUUCCUUCACAGUUUACGGACUUUAUUCGAUAUUCUUGACGAUGGACGACGGGGUUACGUUCACAUAUCGGAGAUUGAGAGUCGGUGGCGCGGCGCGGAGGCUCGGGAUUUACCCGCGGGAGUUGUGGAGAGUUUGAGGCGGGUCGCACCUCAUCAUGGCUGUCUGAGUUUCGAGCGGUUCGUCGCGGGACUCAGAAACUCGCUGCUUACACAGCACUGCCAAUCACAGCAGAGUCAAUGUAAAGUUCGGCCACUCGGACCGAGUAACGGAAUAAACACGCACCACAGCCGGCAGAUGGGUCGGAUCCGACACCACCAGGGUUCUGGAUGUCCCAACAAACCCGCUGAAUCCUCUCAAACCUCUCUGAGCUGUGGAGGGUUCGAGAGAUCCGGGUGUGCGUAUCGAUCAGAUUCGAUUCGCAUCGAGAAAAAGGCGCAUCAGUCCAAUCAGCUCCGAUCCAUCGAUUCACUCGCUCUCGAAUCUCCUAAUGUCCCCAAAACACUUGAGAGUGUCUGUCUGCCUCGGUCACAGAGUGAAACUGCAUCAGGGUUCAUGAGAUCGCGACGGCACGGGAGGAGCCGAGAUGAACAGAGACGCCACACCAUCACAAAUGGAGUGGAUUAUAGAAUGUUAAAGCAGAUGAAGGAGCUGGAACAGGAGAAAGAUUCUCUUCUGGCUGGGCUGGACGUGUUUGAGCGAGCCAGAGAAUGGUACCAGACCCAGAUCCACAAUGUCACUGAGACACAGAGACAAGUUGGCCAAAGUCAUCAAUCGACUGACUUUUUCACCGAAUCUUGUUCGAGUCAGAUUCAUCAUCUUCUGCCUAAACUACAGGAAGUGACACGCUGUCUGAAUGAUUUGAUUUCAUUCUCUGGGACGGCGCUGCCAUCUGUGAGCUCAUUGUCUGCCAGCAGCUCCGGGAGCGCUCCUCCUGCACCUCCUCAGGCCAUCCACAUACUGAAGGAGCAGAACCGACUCCUUACACAGGAAGUUACAGAGAAAAGUGAGCGCAUCACUCAACUGGAGCAGGAGAAAUCUGCUCUGAUCAAGCAGCUGUUUGAGGCUCGAGCUCGCAACACUCACGACAGCAGCGCGCUCGACUCCACCUUCAUCUGAUGAUGAGCACUCCAGCACCAGACCUCCAUUACACACCUCAACAAACAUCCACCAUACCUCGUAUUCAUCUGAGCUCCAUUACAGACGGUGAGGAGGAUGUCGACAGAGACAACAGCCCAACUGUCCAAACACCUGAUCCAUUCAGGAGCUGCAACUGAAUAUGUCUUUGAGCGUAACACCUUUUUCUUUUUCUUUCCUUGAUUCUCAUUUGUUCACACUUAAUAUCGAUCAGCUGUGACUGACAACAUUUACAAACACGUGAUUGUAAUUCAUCCCAUCGGAUCACGUCAUGGACAAUCGCAUCUCUACAGCGGCUUUUAAGUAUCAGAAUUGAAAGCUUCCGGAACUAUUCCUUCUGUGUAUGCAGUGUGAACGGAACAUGUAUCUGAUCUUCUCCAUGCAUGAUCGCCUGAACUUGUUUUUCUACAAACUACAUUUGACAUGUUUUCAAGAAGAUAUAAUGAAUGUGAUUAUUUUCAACUUCAUUUCUGUGGAUGAGUCUGUGGCAGUGUUGUCGAUUACAUUGAUAAUAAAAGGAAAUGUGUUACAGGAAAAGACAUUUACAAUGGAAGUCUAUAGGAGCAGCUUUUCAGAGGGGUUAAAAGCAGUGAAGAUUGUAUGAAUGCUUCAUUAAAAACUGGAGAGUCCGUGUCAAAUUUGCCACUGAUCAUUUCCACAUGCAAAUGAACUUUGUGGUAAUUUGUCCAUUGUUGCCAAACGUUUGCUGCUGGUUCACCACUACAGGUGAUGAGUAAACUUCUGACAAACAUUUGCUGCAAAUCACAACCUCAUUUGCAUGUGAAAAUAAUGAGUGGCAAAUUUGUGGCAAGCUUGUGGCUAGUUUGCCAGAACUCUAGAUUUUUAGUCUAUGCUUUUAUUAUUUGAUCUGUAAAGUGUCUAAAUUGAUGUAGGACUUUUUUUUUUUUUUUUGCACAGAUGAACUUCUGGUUGUGUUGCUGAUGUCAUUCCUGUGGCUGGAGUUUGUUCCAUGCAAGCAGCACUUUUACAAAUAGUCAUGUCACUUCACUUUCUGGUACCCUUACACUGAUACCAAGCAAACGUAACCAGUUUUAUGUUUUUUGCUGGUCAUGACAUUGUUAAAAAUAUGAAAUAUAUAUCUCUGCACAGUCAGGGUUUUAUGGGAUUUUAUAACACUCUCAUGCAAACACUGGUUCAGGGUUAUGGUUAUAAUAGUAAAAGAACAGUAAUAGUUGCAUUUAUUUGUGGUUCUUUAUACACUGGUGGCCAAAAGUUUGGAAUAAUGUACAGAUUUUGCUGUUUCAGAAGGAAAUUGGUACUUUAAUUCACCAAAGUGGCAUUCGACUGAUCGCAAAGUAUAGUCAGAACAUUACUGAUGUAAAAAACAUCAUCACUAUUUGAAAAAAGUAAUUUAUCAGAUUUAGACAGCAGCAUCAGUCCAACACCUUAUCCUUGAGUAAUCAUGAUAAAUUGAUCAUUUGAUACUAGAAAAUCACUUUCCAUUAUAUCAAACACAGUUGAAAGAUAUUUGAUUCAUUAAAUGAAGCUGAACAUUGUCUUUGUGUUUGUGUUGGCACAGUAUGCAAUAGACUGGCAUGUGUUAAGGUCAAUGUUAGGUCAAAAAUGGCAAAAAAGAAAACUCUAGAAAACAAAAAACUGCAGAUUUCAUACAAAGGUGUAACUACAGUCUUCAGAGACAAAGAACAACUGACUGUAACAAGAACAGAAAGAGAUGUGGAAGAUGUACAACUAAACAAGAGGAUAAGAACAUCAGAGUCUCUAGUUUGAGAAAUAGACGCCUCACAUGUCCUCCGCUGACAGCUUCAUUGAAUUCUACCCGCUCAACACCAGUUUCAUGUACAACAGUAAAGAGAAGACUCAGGAGGUCUUAUGGGAAGAAUUAUAAAGAAAAAGACACUUUUGAAACAGAAAAACAAAAAGAAAAGGUUCGAGUGGGCAAAGAAACACAGACAUUGGACAACAGAUAAUUGGAAAAGAGUGUUAUGGAUCUGAACCCCAUUGAGCUUUUGUGGGAUCAGUUAGACUGUAAGGUGUGUGAGAAGUGUCCGACAAGACAGUCACAUCUAUGUCAAGUGCUACAGGAAGUGUGGGGUGAAAUAUCACAGAGUAUCUGCACAAACUGACUGCUAGAAUAACAAGCAUCUGCAAAGCUGUCAUUGCUGCAUGUGGAGGAUUGUUUUGAUGGGAACACUGAAUUUUUUUUUUUUUUUUCAAAUUGUAAUAGUAAUUUUCGCAUUAUUAAUGUCCUGACUAUAAAUUGUGAUCAGCUGAACGCCACUUUGGUGAAUAAAAGUACCAAUUUCUUUCCAUAAGAGUAAAAUCUGUACAUUAUUCCAAACUUUUGGCCGCCAGUGUACACGUCCCCAUAGACUUCCAUUAUAAGUGUAUCAAUUAAAAUAUUUUUUUUUCUUCACAAACUGAGUGACGAGUCAAAAUAAUUGUCUGUUGUAAUUGAUUUAAUGUCACAGAAUAUGUCUGCAGAUAUUAAAUUAGUCAGUAUAAUACACACAAGACUGCUGCUGUUCUGAACGUCAGUAAUCACAGCUGUGCUGAUAUUCAGAACAACAGCACAGUUAUGAAUGUGAUUAUAACAAAUGAUAAUGAGUAAUUUACAUUUUAGGGACAUUUUUUUUGUUUAUUCACGAAUUUUUUCUCCGCCAAUGUAAAUAUUUCCAAAAGAAUCUAAAGCAUAAAACAUUGUGUCACCGAACAAUGCACAGACUGAAACCGCUUAUGUGAGUGAAAUUGAGUGACAUGAUUUCCCCUCCCACUUAAAGGCAUAGUUGAACCUAAAGUAAAAUUCUCUCAUCAUUUACUCACCCUCAUGCCUUCCAGAUGUGCAUGACUUUC